GCGAUUGUGCUUUAGUCGAUGUGUAAAUCCCGAACGGACAACUCCGCGUUUGCCUAUCCGCGGCGAUUUUUAGUUUAUCUUUAUUUUAGAACAAAAAUUUUCAAUCAAAUUCAAAGUUUUUAAAUUUCAAUCAUCAAAUCCAAAGUCAAUUUUGUAAAUUCGGUUACCAUUUGUGCAGGAAAUCAGUUUUUUUGUCUUCUCUGGUGAAAUUCCUUUUGGGCGAAAAGAGAGAAAAUUUCGUCGAUAAGGCAACAAAGAAAAUAGAAUAAAAAAAACGAAACGAAUUUUGUCGCGGGUACACACGAAUUUACUACUCCCAGUAAAAUUUGCAGUGUCCUAUACAGUAUCGUCUACUAAAUUCGGAUACUGAUUAUAUUAUAUCACCUGCAACUGUUUUUUUCGUCUGUAUUGUUCGUCAUCGUUUUUCAAAUAUAUUUAUAUAUUGAAAUUCGUAAAUUGGAGGGAAAAGUGUGUGACUUUGUGUAUUGAGAGAAGAAAAACUCAUUGUGCCUUGUUUGCGGAAGAAGAGUUUUAAGAAGUUGAACGACGGAGUUUGGCUAAUUUUGGGAGAGCUCCCCCUCUCCAUACUUUAUUCACGCAAGGAUCCACGUUGCAGCUCUCUUUGAAGCAAAAAUAGAGUUGCGGUGAAAAGAAAACUACCUCAAAAAAAUCCUUAAGAUAAAAAAAAUUAAGAGACGAAGGAAGGUAGAAAAAUCUCCAUGCCACAAAUGUAUACAUUGUGACAACCUCAUUAUUAAAUUCAUAGUUGGUAGUCGUCAUUUUUAUACACGUGGAAUUUCGAUUACCGCACACAGCGUUUCUGACUUUCCCCGGAGAUCUUGAGCACUGCUACAGAAAUUCCCUUCAACGAGACUUCAAUGCGUUUUGAGCAAACUUCUGACCAAAAAUUAAAAAAAAUACCAGUGAAAAAAAAAGUGUGAAAAAAAACUAAUAAAUCAGUUGUGAAAAUUAAAUUUACAUCAAGGACAAAAUUGUGGCAAAAAGGACAUAAAAAUUAUUUGGUUUAUUUUUGAAAAGUUACAAAAUCAGUAUUGUCUUUCAUUACGUAUAUACAUAAUUAUAACUCGUAAUUAAUGAGCUAUUUAAUUUUUAAGACCAAAAUUCACUUUCGGUCACCUAAAUUAUAUUUUUGACAUUCUUUUAUACAAUUAAAAAAAAAAAGUUACGGCACAGAUAAAAUUAAUGUUUUAAGGAUUUUAAUGAAUACAAUUCUAUAAAAAUAAAAAAAACGGACAAGAAGCAAAAAUUAUUCAAAAAAAAGUUAAUUUUUCUCAAAACCUAUUUCGAAAAAAAGUGAGCACUUGCACCCUAAUUGCAAGAUUCAAAUACGUAUUACUCCUGAGAAUAAAAAAAUAAUAAUUUGAAGACAAAAUGUCAGACAUGGAUCAAUUUGCCGACUUGGAGCUCUCGAAGGAGGACCAUGAACAAAUUUUCGAACCACCAACGGAUCGUCAACAAGAAUCCUACAACAGUUCAUCAGCGAAAAUCGUGAUUAGCGGUAUUCCGCUUCAUGCCCAUUUCGAUGACAUCGAACCCUUAUUAAAGCCAUACGGCAAGGUGGAACACUGUGACGCUGUCUCUAGUAAGGAUCCCAACACUCAGACCGUCCACAUAACGUUCGAAAAUCAUGAGCAGGCACAAAGGGCGGCCGCCGGAUUGAAUGGUGUCGAGUUCGAGGGCAAUAAGCUUCAUGCUGAGCAAUUGGACAAACAGCAGCGACGUAGCAAUCGGAAUCGCAAUCAGUACGCUGGGAUGUCGGGCUCGAAUCGUCAAACGGACUUUCCUCUGCGCUUGCUGGUCCAGAGUGAUAUGGUGGGUGCUAUAAUUGGUCGUCAGGGUAGCACUAUACGCCAGAUCACACAGCAAAGUCGUGCCAGAGUCGAUGUCCAUCGGAAAGAUAAUGUUGGGUCACUUGAGAAAGCCAUCACCAUUUAUGGUAAUCCCGAGAAUUGCACAAAUGCCUGCAAAAGGAUCUUGGAUGUUAUGCAACAGGAAGCCAAUAAUACCAAUAAGGGUGAAAUUUGUUUAAAAAUUCUUGCUCAUAAUAAUUUAAUUGGGCGCAUCAUAGGUAAAAAUGGGAAUACGAUAAAACGCAUAAUGCAAGAAACCGAAACAAAAAUCACGGUUAGUUCGAUAAAUGACAUAAAUAGCUUCAAUUUGGAACGUAUAAUCACGGUAAAGGGUAUCAUUGAGAACAUGUCCCGUGCUGAGAGUCAAAUCAGUGCUAAAUUGCGCCAAAGUUACGAAAAUGAUCUACAAGCAAUGGCCCCACAGAGUAUUAUGUUCCCUGGGCUUCACCCCAUGGCGAUGAUGUCUACAACGGGUAAUGGUAUGGGUUUCAAUAGUCGCAGCGUUUUCCCUGGACCUGGAUUCCCAAUGUACCAGCCACCAUCAGGAACGAGCCUUGCCCCUGGAAGUGGUACAGAUACGCAGGAAACGACUUUUUUGUAUAUCCCCAACAAUGCUGUGGGAGCUAUAAUUGGUACCAAAGGAUCCCAUAUUCGCAACAUUAUUCGCUUCUCGGGGGCAUCCGUUAAGAUUGCCCCGCUGGAGGCGGAUAAGCCGGCAGACCAGCAAACGGAGCGUAAAGUGACGAUCGUGGGGACACCUGAAGCUCAGUGGAAGGCACAGUACCUGAUCUUUGAGAAAAUGCGUGAGGAGGGCUUCGUUACGGGUACUGAUGAUGUGAGGUUGACUGUGGAAAUUAUGGUGGCCAGCACACAGGUUGGACGUAUCAUCGGCAAGGGCGGUCAGAAUGUGCGAGAACUACAACGAGUGACAGGGAGUGUUAUUAAAUUGCCAGAGCACGGAAGUGCUCCUGCUGGAGAUGAAGAAACUACAGUACACAUUAUUGGUCCGUUCUUUAGCGUUCAGUCGGCUCAAAGGCGCAUUAGGCAAAUGAUGCUAACAACCAAUCCGCCUCCAGCGACCAAGAAGUCCAAGAGUAGCAAGGAUCAAGGAGCGUCACAACAGGCUGGACAGUCACCAGCACAGCAGUCGUCGCCAUCUCAGCAGACACCCUCACAACCUCAGACUCCGCAGCAAUCGCAACAGCAAUCGUCACCUCAGCCAUCACAGUCGUCGAGCUCACAGCAGUAGAGCCGAUAAGCCGUUCCGUAAGUCAUCCGAAAACCUCCCAAAACAUCCUUCCUGGUAACCCUCCUACACCCUCCCGACCGCUAUUAAUGUUUUUUAUUAAAAAAAAAGUCCCUGAUAUGGCAUGGAACAGAUAUAUGUAUAUCAACAAUAGAGUUCGCAAAAAGAAAAACUUUUUCCUUUGGAUUUUUCCAAAUACUUUCUCGAAUAUCUUUUUUCUCACUUUUGAAUUUACAUAAAAAAAUUGUAAAAAAUGAUUUUUUUUUAAAUCUAUACAGAAAAAUGCAACCAUAAAAAUAUUAUGAACGAUCAAUAGGAAUUCAAAAGUAAAUCCACUUAAAUUUGGCUAAAUGCAGCUAAAACAAUAUAUAAGGAAAAAAAUAAAUAAAAUUCAAAAUCUUACUAACCAAACCAUCCACCACAAAAAAAUUAUAGGUACAUUCCUGUGUAAAUAAUAGAAUUAUUAAUAGCAGACCUAAAUAUAUUAUUGAUUUAUUAAGUGAA